ACAACCAAGAUUACGUCAAAGUAACAACAAAGUUCGAAUCAAGAGUUCCAUAUAGUAAUCUGUGGCUGUUUGAUUGAAGAAGUACACUUGGAACAACAGCUUGGUUUAAUGUCAAAAGUCCAAGUUUGUUUUAGCUUAUCUUAUUCCUUGGGAGUGUGCAAACCCCACUGCAUUAGGCUUUUUUUGUCUAGAGUGUAACAGUUUUUCCCUAGAAUGGGUUUCCUACGCAAAUUGCUCUUGAUCAAGAGUGCUAUAACUGUAGUUUUUAUUGCACGGUAUUUGCUGAGAAAUCCUGCUAUCCCCGAAUUGAAGGAUCAAUGGUGGGCUGAGGGUAGUCCAAAAGUGCAAGAUGAAAAAAUUACCCCGUUUAAGAUCAAAAUAUCUGAUGAAGUAUUGAUUGAUUUGAACGAAAGAUUAUUUAAAUCAACUCGUAUGGUUCCUGCAUUGGAAGGUAUUGGAUUCCAAUAUGGAUUUAAUGCUGAAUAUCUGAAAACUGUUCAUCAGUACUGGAUGAAUACAUACAAUUGGAGAAAGCAAGAAGCAUUUCUGAAUACCUUUCCACAUUUUAAGACUAAUAUUGGUGGACUCGGGAUCCAUUUCAUUCAUGCAAAACCCAGUGAAGAACUGAUGAAAAACAAACAAGUUUUGCCAUUGCUGCUUCUUCAUGGAUGGCCAGGCUCGUUCGUAGAGUUCACAAAAAUUAUCCCCUUGCUUACUAGGGAAACCGAAGGCUAUGAUUUCGUGUUCGAACUUGUAGUUCCCUCUUUGCCCGGUUAUGGGUUCUCUGACGCAGCUCGCAAACCUGGUUUAGGUCCUGCUGAAAUGGGACUUAUUUUCGACCGUUUAAUGAAAAGGCUCGGGUACGACAAAUAUUACGUCCAAGGGGGAGACUGGGGUUCCCUCAUCGGUUCAAAUAUGGCUACUCUCUUCCCUGAUAAAGUAAAAGGACUUCAUUUGAACAUGGUUGCUGUAUCAACUAUCGGUAGCAAUGUUGGGCUGAUGCUCGGUUCAUUGUGGCCAUCUCUGCUGAUGCCAGCUGAUAAAGUCCAUCUAACUUACCCACUUAGUUCCAGGUUCUUGCAUGUUAUCCAAGAAACAGGCUAUUUCCAUCUUCAGGCUACCAAGCCCGAUACUGUUGGAAUGGCACUCAGUGAUUCGCCCCUUGGGCUGGCUGCCUAUAUUUUGGAAAAAUUCUCAACUUGGACGAAAGCAAGUUCUACAAAGCUUCAGGACGGCGGCUUACUUAAAAAGUUCUCAAUGGAUGAGCUGCUCGACAACGUCAUGGUCUAUUGGAUAACAAAUUCCAUCACGACAUCUAUGCGGCUAUAUAGCGAGGCCAUGAGUGCUAAAACGUUUGCAUAUGACUUGGACAACAUUCCUUGCGUGGUACCGACGGGGGCGGCUGUAUUUCCAGAAGAACUUUUUGUUCAACCAGGACCACUCGCCAAGUUUAAAUUUACAAAUCUAAUCAGAUACAACAUCAUGGAUCGCGGCGGACAUUUUGCGGCCUACGAAGAGCCCCAGCUUCUGGCCGAUGAAGUUUUUCAAUUUGUGCAACAAGUCGAGAAACUGUAAAUUCUAAAAGUCUUAAUCGACUCAAAGGUAUAAACUAUUCAUGUUGCUGUCAUUUUAUUUACAAAGCCAAAUAAAGUGAGGUUAAAGCUG